AUGUCUGUGAUGGUGACCUCAGUAACCGCUCUCUCCAUCUCUGCCAUCGCCACCAACGGGAGGGUGAUCUCGGGCCCUGAAAUUGGUGGUCCAAUUGGGGUAGUGUUUUCCUUUGCCAACGCCCUGGCCUGUGCACUCAACACCGUUGGCUUUGCAGAGGUGGUCCGUGAUUUAUUGCAGGAGUUUGGUGUUGUCAUGGUCGAUUCAAUCAAUGACGUCCGUAUUGUGGGCGUGAUCACGGUGACUGUUCUUCUGCUUAUUUCUUUGGCUGGAAUGGAGUGGGAGUCCAAGACCCAGAUUUUGUUCUUCAUAGUUCUCUUGGUUUCGUUUGCUAACUACUUGGUGGGCACAUUUUUACCCCAAAAUCAAGAGAAACAAGCCCUGGGCAUCUUUGGAUACCGUGGUGAUAUCCUCCUAUCGAACCUGAAACCAGACUGGAGAGGACCUGAGGGUAACUUUUUCCAGAUGUUUGCCAUUUUCUUCCCUUCUGCCAUUGGCAUCCUGUCUGGGGCAAACAUCUCUGGAGACCUCAAAGACCCUGCUACUGCCAUCCCCAAAGGCACCCUCAUGGCCAUUUUCUGGACUACAGUCAGCCAUUUAAUUAUCCCUGUAACUCUUGGGGCAUGUGUGUUGCGGGAUGCCUCUGGUAAUUUGAGUGACAUUCUGACUGGAAACAUCACAGACGGCUGUGUGGGUCUGGGAUGUAGCCUGGGCUGGAACUUCACAGAGUGCAUCCAGUCACAAUCUUGUGAAUAUGGUCUGGCCAACAAUUCAAAGGUACUGGGCCAAGUUUCAGGUUUCUACUACCUCAUCACUGCUGGUGUCUUUGCAGCCAGCUUGUCGUCUGCCCUCGGCUUCCUCGUCUCCGCCCCUAAAGUCUUUCAGUGUCUAUGCAGAGACAAUAUUUACCCGUACAUUGGAUUCUUUGCAAAGGGUUAUGGGAAAAAUGAGGAGCCACUCCGGGCCUAUUUACUCUGCUACAUCAUCGCUGUGGCUUUCAUUCUCAUUGCUGAGCUGAACACCAUUGCAGCCCUGAUCUCCAACUUCUUCCUGUGUUCCUACAGCCUCAUCAACUUCAGCUGCUUUCACGCGUCAAUCACCAACUCUCCCGGUUGGAGGCCGUCUUUUCACUACUACAGUAAAUGGACGGCUUUGUUUGGAGCUGUGGUCUCUGUGGUGCUGAUGUUCCUGUUUACCUGGUGGGCUGCUCUCAUCACCUUCUGCAUCAUCUUCUUCCUCUUUGGAUACGUCAACUACAACAAGCCCAAGGUAAACUGGGGUUCGUCGGUGCAGGCGGGUACAUACAACAUGGCGCUGUCAUACUCUGUCUCUUUGUCUGGUGUGGAGGAUCACGUCAAGAAUUUCAGACCGCAAUGUCUCGUCCUGACUGGGCCACCAAACCAGAGGCCGGCACUGGUGGACUUUGUGGGCUCCUUCACCAAACACAUAAGCCUCAUGAUCUGUGGAGACAUAAUCAUGGAGCAGGACAGGCAGACUCGGCCGCACGAUGCCACAGAUUGGUUGGUGAAGUGGAUGAACAGGAGGAAGGUGCGCUCCUUUUACACACCUUUCACUGCUGACAGCCUCAGAGUUGGAGCUCGACACCUGCUGCAGGCUUCUGGUCUUGGCAAGCUGAAGCCAAACACUCUGGUCCUGGGCUUCAAGACAAACUGGAGGGAAAGUUCACCUGAAAGCAUUGAAGAUUACAUCAACACCAUAUACGAUACCUUUGACGCCAACUACUGUUUGUGUAUCUUGAGGAUGAUGGACGGGCUCGACAUCUCUGACCAGUUUGAUUCUGAAGUGAACCAGGGCUUUGAGCCCGAUGAAUCUGUUGAAAAUGACGACCAGCAAUCUCCUGAGAGGGAACCUGUGGAUGACAAUUCCGACAAAGGCGACAGUGAUCAGAACAAGACAGUGUUUCAGAAUGACCAGGGGAAGAAGACCAUCGACGUCUACUGGAUAGCUGACGAUGGAGGUCUGACUCUGCUGGUUCCUUACCUGCUCGCCAGGAGGAAACGCUGGCACCGCAGUAAGAUCAGGGUCUUCAUCAUAGGAGAUGAACAAAACAUGGAGCAAGGCCGCAACGAGAUGAUUGCUCUGCUGAAGAGGUUUCGCUUGGAUUUUAACAAUGUUACAGUCGUGACGGACAGCGAGAGGCAUCCAAACGCCAAAAACCUCAGUAGGUUUGUGGACAGUGUCGCCCCCUUCAGGCUACAUGAUGAACAGCAGGAAGGCGUCUCAGUUCAGGAACUGAGACAAAGCGCCCCAUGGAAAAUAUCAGACAAAGAAUUUGAGGCCUUCAAACUUAAGUCCGAGAGAAAAGUGAGGCUGAACGAAAUCAUCCGGAGGAAUUCACAACAUGCUGCUCUCGUGCUUGUGAGCCUUCCUGUGCCACACAGAGACUGCACCAGUGCUCUGUACAUGGCCUGGCUGGAUACUCUGACCUGUGGCCUCCACUGCCCCGCCGUGUUGAUACGAGGAAACCAGCAGAACGUGCUCACUUUCUACUGCCAAUGA